AUGUCUAUCGCUGCUUUCCGCAAGUCACCCGAACAUGAGGACCUGGCCAAAUUGGCCGAGGAGCACAUGAAGCAUGACCUCGAGCCGUCGGACCGCGAGGUCCUGCAAAAGGCCGCCGGAAAGGUCUCGGUUCCGGCCACCAUUGGCACCCUUGUUGGCUUGGGAUUGGGCAUCUACGCGGCGUUCAGGCUGAGAAAGGCUCGAGUUUCCAUGUUCAACGCGUUCCGGGCUACCGAGAAGCCGACGCACGUUGUCUUUGCAGGCGGUAGAACAGAAUCUGUUCCGGACAUUACGCCAUAUCUCAGGCCUACACGGCUGGGAGACUGGGCGACUUACAUCUUCUUUGGUCUGGGUGGAACCAUUGUUGGCGGCGAGCUGGGCUUCCUGCUGGGUACCUGGUCGGCCGCCCGGACUAUUGCCAGUGAUCCGCAGAGGAAGAAGAGAAUUGAAACUGCGUACCGAAAGUUCAAGGCGGACUACUUGAGACAAGAGGCCAAGCGCUUGGACGAGGGCGGCUCAGUCUUUUCCUAG